AUGGAUAGACUUGAUACAUCAAGAGUCUACGAAGAGGAGCGUGAAAUUGCUUGUGAGAAAGGCUUAUGCAUUUCUUCACAGGGAUCAUCACGUGUUAGAGUCGGAAAAACAGAAGUAAUCGUUAAUAUUGUUGGUCCAAAACAGAUGGUUUUCCGUGAAAUAGAAACAGGCAAAGUAAACAUCAAAGCGAAAUCAUAUCCAGAAAAUCCAACAAUUAAUAAAAUAGUUGCUGAUGCAAUCGAAAAUUCACUCAAAUGCGAUGCUUAUCCAGAUUCUAAUCUCGAAGUUAGUGUUACCAUUGUAUGCGAUGAUGGUGGCCUGAAAGCUUGCGCAGUUAAUGCAACGAUUUUAGCUUUAGUUGAUGCAGGUUUUGAAAUGAACCAUUUACUUGCAGCUUCAAGUUUAGCUGUAAAGGGGGAUAUCUUAGUGAAUGAUCCAAAUGCCAGUGAAGAAGAACUUUAUGAUGGCGCUGCUACUUUUGUUUAUGAAAUCGAUUCUCAAAAGAUAAUUUCUACAUUUUUCGAAGGAUAUAUACAGCCACGCAUGCUUCCAAUUCUUAUGAAGCGCGCAACUGCAAAUUCUCAAGAAUGGGAGGAAAGAAUCAAAAAUUGA